GGCAUAUCCAAAUUUUUUGCUUCUAUGUAUUCGUCCCUCGCGCAGUCCUCACAGCUUAUUAUUCUUAAGUUUAUGAAUUCAGUUGCGUUCUGAUGUCAACAUGUCGCCACAGCGUCGAUGUAUUCUAAUCGUAUUAUUGGCAGCGGGAGUAAUAAACGCGUCUCCGAAAGUCAACGAUGUACACGACAAGCAGCAAAACUGUGAAAAUUCUCCGCAAGGCCACGUCUUCAACGAAGCCCAGGUUAUUGGCACAUGGCACCCGCAACAACACAAAUCAAAGAAAACUUACGCAUUCGGGGACUCCGAAUGUGUUCAAUUAACUUCGGUCAACGAACAGGAAAGAAACGAAUUAAAAGAAAUGAUCGGGAAUUACGUCGACAAAAUGAAAUGGGAGAACUUAACUCUGAGAAUGCAAAUACCUUGUCCGAGUGACAAACAUAAUGUAACCAAAGACUAUUAUUUAGAGCGUCUUGAGGGCGACGGUUUUUACAGGACUCUAAACAUGCCUCCGCCGACUGCUAAACUGGAAUUCGGCGUCUUUCGUCGUUACCCAAUACGUUUGAAGAUCAUCGAGAAUGAGUACCUUGGUAUAAUGGACUGUCACGUGUUCCUUUUAGGCAAAGAGCCAUCUGACGGUACAAAAGUCGACGAACGCCUAAACAAAAUAACGCAAAUAUAUUGGCCAGACGACAUAUAAGAAACAAAAACAAUUAUUGUUAUUAAGCAUUAGUGUUGUAGUGAUUUAGAAUGUAAUAUGUAUUGAUAUAUUUUCAAUAAAUGCGACACAUUUGUAGUCUCUUUUGCACCGACA